GGGCUGCAGGCCUGGGCAGACCCGGUUCUCAGUUCAGUCCCUGAGCCCUGGAUACUGAGUCCCUCUUGUGUGGUCUGGGGUGGCCGCAAGGGCAGCUGCUGUCACCAGGUCUCAGAGGUGCUUCCCCCCCCCUGGGUCCUCCUCCUCCCUGUGGCUUGCUUCCGCCUCCUUUCUUGCAGCCCCUGGAUGGCAAGCGUCAUAAAGGAACAUUCCCUGGAAGCAGUGUUGCUUUCUGAGUGAUCAGGCAUGCUCAGAGCCCCGCGGGACUCAAGCUGAACUUGAAGCAGAAAGACUUGGAAAUCUUGGAAAGUGGAUCAUGGAAUGCAAGACCAAGGGAAAAGAAGAACAGCAACACAGUGUGAGUUUACUACACAAAGUCAAGAGCAUGAGAGAACAGGCAGAAAUGGUUGAUGUGGUGCUCAUAGCCGAAGCGGAGGAGUUUCCUUGCCACAGGCUGGUCCUGGCCGCGUUCAGUCCUUAUUUCAAAGCCAUGUUCACCUGCGGGCUGCUCGAGUGCACGCAGAGGAAAGUGGUUCUCCACGACAUCACGGCAGAAAGUGUGUCAGUGAUCCUGGACUACAUGUACAGUGCGUCCCUGGAGAUAAACAAUGCCAACGUGCAGACGGUGGCCAUGGCUGCCUACUUCAUGCAGAUGGAGGACGUCUUCAAUGUGUGUCAAAAAUACAUGAUGGACCACAUGGACGCUUCCAACUGCGUAGGCAUCUAUUACUUUGCAAGGCAGAUCGGAGCUGAAGACUUAUCCGAUCGCUCCAAGAAGUACCUGUAUCAGCACUUCGCCGAGGUGAGCUUGCACGAGGAGAUCCUAGACGUCGAGGUGCACCAGUUUCUGACACUCAUCCAAUCGGACGAUCUUAACAUCUCCAGAGAGGAGAGCAUUCUGGACUUGGUCCUCAGGUGGGUGAAUCACAGCCGGGACCUGCGCACGCAGCACCUCGUGGAGCUCUUGAAGCGAGUCAGACUGGAACUUGUGAGUCCUUCCUUUUUGAGACAGGCCCUGAGGAGGAACACGAUGCUUCUGUGUGAUGCAGACUGUGUUGACAUCAUCCAGAACGCGUUCAAAGCCAUUAAGGCACCCCAGCAGCCCUCACUAAACCUCCGCUACGGCAUGGAGACCACCAGCCUCCUGCUCUGUGUCGGCAACAAUUCUUCAGGCAUCAGAUCAAGACACAGGAGCUACGGCGAUGCCAGUUUUUGUUAUGAUCCGCUGUCUCGGAAGACCUACUUCAUCUCAUCUCCCAAGUAUGGCGAGGGUUUAGGAACUGUGUGUGCUGGUGUUGUCAUGGAAAAUAACACCAUCGUUGUGGCGGGAGAAGCAAGUGCCUCCAAACUUUCUAGACAAAAGGACAAGAAUAUUGAAAUCUAUAGGUAUCAUGACAGAGGAAACCAAUUUUGGGAAAGGCUGUGCACAGCGGAGUUUCGGGAGCUCUAUGCCCUGGGCAGUGUGGGUAAUGACCUCUAUGUCUUAGGAGGGCAGAUGAAGAUUAAAAACCAGUAUCUGAUCACCAACUGCGUGGAUAAGUACUCUGUGGAAGGGGACACGUGGAAGAGGGUGGCUCCCCUGCCGCUGCAGCUGGCAUGCCACGCCGCUGUGGCUGUGAAGAGCAAGCUGUACGUGCUUGGAGGCUGGACUCCUCAGAUGGAUCUUCCUGAUGAGGAACCCGAUCGAUUAAGCAACAAGCUGCUGCAGUAUGACCCCAGCCAAGAUCGAUGGAGCGAGCGGGCGCCCAUGAGGUACUCCAAGUACCGAUUCAGCACGGCCGUGGUGGACGGCGAGAUCUAUGUCCUGGGCGGAAUUGGCUGUGAUGGUCGAGAUAGAGGCCAAGUUCGAAAAUGCCUUGACGUGGUGGAGAUCUACAACCCAGACGGGGACUUCUGGCGGGAGGGCCCACCCAUGCCCAGUCCCCUCCUCUCGCUUCGAACCAAUUCUACCAACGCAGGAACAGUGGACGGGAAGCUCUAUGUCUGCGGGGGAUUCCAUGGAGCAGAUCGCCAUGAGGUUAUCUCCAAGGAAAUCCUGGAGCUGGACCCCUGGGAAAACCAGUGGAACGUGGUGGCCGUCAACGUCCUCAUGCAUGACAGCUACGACGUCUGCCUGGUGGCCAGGAUGAACCCCCGGGACCUCAUCCCCCCGCCUUCAGACCUGGUGGAUGAGGGCAGUUAGCAGGAAGACCACCCCUGUUGGAGGCCCUGCCGCAGUGCCUGGGCACCCAACCAACACUGACAUACGCACGCUGCAUGUGUAGGGGCCCCUGCCUGAAGGUUAUGCUGAUGCCGGGAGGGAUGGGUAAAAUUGAGACUCUGUGGGUGGAACAGCUAGAAUGGCCACGAGAGGGGGACAAGAGGUGGGGGCGUCUCAUUCUGCUGCAGCCUCUUAUCUGGCCAUGACCUCUUAGAUGCAGCUCAUGGUUAGGACACAAAAACAGUUAAGCAGAGGCCCAGCACCGGGAAAGGCUGUGCAUGUUUGGGGCCUCCCCACAGGGCCGGAUUGCCUGGAACACAAGGUUUGCUACUAAGACUAGGAAAAGUGGGUGGAGCUAAGCGACGAAACCCUGGCAGGACAAGGUGUUAGGAACUGGUCCCUGAGCAGGGAUUCUCUGGGACAGGGAUUUUCAAGACAGGCUUCUCUUCAGAAUCCAUGCUGUCUUAGGUCUUGCAGAUUCUACAACAUGGCCCAGAAUCAGGCUGGCCGAGGCGUGCUGCUGACAGACAGCAGUGAGCAGAGACUUCCGCUCGGAGCCGAGCCCCUGUGCAUGCAGGCCCCGGACCCUCUGGGGUUGGUGCUAAGGAUCCUGAGUGAGGCUUGCCCAGGCUACCUCCAUCAUCUCUCACACUAAUGUGACUUCUGUGGGCUGGUGCUGGCUGAACAGAACUGGUCCAAAUCAGCCAACCCAGGCGCAGAACAGGCUCUGGAGUGAGGGGACAGGAAGUAACAUCAGGGCUCCACCUGCUGCUGCCUUCUAGGCCCCAGCCUUCAGAUUCCCUUCCUGGUUCUGGGGGCAAGGAUGGUGCCACAGCUGUCAGCCCAUAGGGAGUCAUUCAAACACAUCCUCCAGUGACAUUUCGAUGACAUAUCAGAAACCCACCUGGUUUACUAUCUGUAUGUGAUGUCUGGGAGCACAGUGAAUUCUAAGGAUGUAUGUCAAUGGCC